UCAAUUGGCUACCCUGAAUACUAAAACGGCACGGCAGCGGCGCUGCCAUCUUUGUAUUUAGCGUUUUGGCUUGGCGCCUUUCCUGUGUUGGUUAUUCACUGUCUGUAGUGGUCAUAGUGUUACACGUUUCAAAAUGGCUGGCGGUAAAGCGGGUAAAGAUUCUGGUAAGGCUAAAGCUAAAGCAGUAUCCAGAUCGGCAAGAGCUGGACUUCAGUUUCCUGUGGGAAGAAUUCACAGACAUCUCAAAAAUAGGACUACGAGUCAUGGACGUGUUGGAGCAACAGCAGCGGUGUAUUCCGCAGCUAUUCUUGAAUAUCUCACAGCCGAGGUUCUUGAAUUGGCGGGAAAUGCAUCUAAAGAUCUUAAGGUGAAGCGUAUCACACCGCGCCACUUGCAGCUGGCCAUUCGAGGAGAUGAGGAACUUGACAGUUUGAUAAAAGCCACAAUCGCUGGUGGCGGUGUCAUCCCUCACAUACACAAAUCGCUGAUUGGCAAGAAAGGCGGUCCCGGCGCACCCGUUUAAAAUUAGGCUAACUACAUUACCACCUUGCUGCAUUUGACCCCGGACACAUUUUCUAAGAAACUCAGCUGAUUGACAAAUAGUUUCCUAAAAGUUAGUGACAUGAACAGUGGAGUGUUUCCAGGGAACUGUUGUGUCCGGACUAAAUCGUUUAGUAGUUCAUAAGUACUAGAAAUAUUUUAGUGAUAAGAGAUUUAAUAUGAUUGUUUGUGGGACAUGAUAUUUUUCUAACAUAAUGAUUGAUUGAUUGAUGAGCAUUCAACUUAUUAAAAUUAUUUGCUAUGUACCAGUUAAACCAGAUGUCUGCAAUUGUCUCAGAAGCUGGUGCAUCUUUAUUUUUAGUUAACAUUUUAGCAAGUUCUUUAUGAAUAUAAGUGACG